AUGGCCGCCAAGAAGGAUCGCGCGACGGGCUCGACGCCCUGGUACUUCGAGGAGCAGCGACGUCGUCAGAUGUUGGCCGACAAGCAGCAGCAACAAGAGCAAAAGAAGGCCGCCGGCGGGGGAUGGCUGGGACGCCUGACCCGCAUGGUCACCGGAUCAUCCUCAAAACUCACGCCCUACCGUCAGACCGAAAGCACUUCCCGCUUGCCCCGCAUGGACGCCAUGAAUCCUGAGAAAAGUUUCUCGCAUGCCACCCCGCCGCAAGCUUCGACGCCUGAGCCCGACGUGGCCCCGUCGCCGCCAGCUUCGGUGAAGCGCAACCGGCUGUUGCGCAGUCUGAUCUACGAUCAGCCGGCUCCGAUCAGCGAGUCGCCCGAGCUCGAGGAGCAAGAAAACAGCGACAUGUUCGUGCUGGAGGGCAGAAGGGUCGUCCGUCGCAGCAUGCCGAUGCAGGUCGAAGAUACGCACAUGGUUGACCUGUCACCCAUGGCCGAGAGGACGCCGCGCCGUUCCAUCCGGCUCACCCAGCAGACGCUCGAACGGCUUGAGGAGGAGGUCCGCACCGAGUCGGCCAACGGCUUCUUGACCCCGGAGAAGGAGCGCGUCAACGCCCCGAUCGCCGUCCACGACGAUUUCACCAGCACGCCGACCAGAACUUCUGAUCGCAAGACGCCGAAGAGUGGCCUGCGCCCGGGCGGCACCAGCAGCAGCACGCUCAGCCGCAUCAGCGGCAUGAUCAAGCGCGGCAUUAGCUCUGUUGGCAAGGGCAAGCAAUCCCAACCGCACACGCCCGUCUCCAAGCUCAUCCGCCGCGACACGCUCGAGUCGACCAAGUCGGAGGGCUGGAAGCGCCGACGUUACAGUGAUGUCGGUGGCUACGCUGGCCUGCAGGGCCUCAUGUCCACGCCCACUUCUUCCACCCGCAUGCUCACUGACAAUGACAUAGAGCGUCUGCGUCACUUCCAAGACGUUGUCCAAAUUUCGCCCACCGAAGCCAAGUCUUUGGUGCGCCAAAGCAUGGACAACUUCCCGGAGCUGCCGUUCGACGCCAUCGUCGCCGACGCGCUGAUUGAUGGGAAGCCAAUCUCGGCCUUCUCCGAGUGGCUCUUCAAGCACUUUGACAUCAUGGGCGAGGUGCAGGACAUUGUCAAGAUGCCCAGCUUCUUCGGCAACACGGUCAAGCUGCGCGUGCCGCGCAAAGGAACUGGCGAGGAGAUUAUCAUCGCCAUCGGUGUGCUGCGCGAGCGUGGCAGCAACGCGGCCGCCGCGGCUCGCAUAGGCUACGACUCGGCCAUCACGCUGGCCUGCCAGGGCAGGGAGAAGACGAGAGUGCUGGUCGUGCCCGCGUUCUUCCCCUGCGACACCCAAUACAACGAGACGCUGGCCGACGCGAUGCUGAGGACCGUCUUCAGAAUUACCCACACUCAACCGGGUCUCUCCUCGGUCAUCAUCUGCGGCCAGAGCGUCGAAGAGCGAAUGUGCCUACAACGUCAAUUUGACAAGCUGAUCUACGACAAGUCGAAGCCGGUGGACCAGUCGAUGUACGAGCCGCCGAAUCAA